AUGUGCUUUGGUUGCAAGUGUAACCGUUGCAGAACAAGUGAUCUAGAGUUCUUCCUUGUUGAUUUUCGUGUUCCAUCCCCUCUAAUUGUUCAUGUUACUCCUUAUAUUAGUUCUGGUGAAAUCAAUUUGAUCUGUAUAAUAAUCCAAUAUCCUGUUGGUUUUAUUGAGGAUGCCGUGGAUAUGUCAAGUUGGAUUCUGUCGUAUUUUGCAGUCAGCCAAUGUAUCACCUGCUAUAAUAGGCGCUACCCCUCCCUCGACAUCUUCACUUUGUUGAGUUCCCUAUGGUCCCCACCGCUUGAGUUGUUAGGAAAUGGGUCUGACAAUACUUUUUCAGCACCAACCAGAUGUGUCUUUCUGAUUUUUGCAGAACUGAAGCACCAGAUCAAUCUAUAUGCUCUGAUGACUGAAUCUCAGAAACAAGCUUCUUCACCUGUCAAUUCGAAAGACAAAGAUUCCUUGCUAGAUAUGGACUUUGGGAAGGACUUUCUUAGCUCCUGGAAGACAAUGUCUGUGGCAGAUGGUGAUGCUAUGGAUUUUGACUUUGGGCCUGUUGGUAAAGGCAAGAAAAAGGCUUUCAACUUCGACAAACUGGAUGUGGACUUCGCUCUUGAUGGUGACCUGGACAAGAUAUCAUCAUUCAAAGUAGACAUAUCUGACCUCGACAUAUCUUCCCCACCCAAAAAAGCUGGAAAAUCCAAGGAAAGAUCUAACGAAUCUGAUGGUCAGAAUCAUCAGAUUAAACAAGACCGCUUCUCCUUCCCAUUUGAUUUUAACGAGUUGGAUAGUUUCAGUUUUGAUUCAAGCUUAAUGAAACAAGGAACACAAUCUAACAAUGUAAACAGAAAAGAAGUGUCAAGUAGCAGUAAGUGUCAAGGUUCUGGAACUGACCCAACUGAUGGUAUUAGCGAGUCAGAAGUUGGCCUAACCCCAGAGCUUCCAGUAUUAGCGGGUGCAACUGCUACAAAGAUUGAGUCUCCAGUUGGUGCCGGUGGUUUUGGAGAUCUGGAUCCCAUAAAGAAGAAUUCUCCCUCCAAUCCUGAAAGAAAUGAUGAUGGCCCUUUGAAAUCUGCAACUCUUCCAAUUAAGGCUGCAUUGGUGGAAACAAGAAUUUUUCAAGAGAAGACAACUACCACAGUUGCACAGGAGAAAAACCAAGAAAGUCACCAACAAGAGAAGAUAACUUCUCCAGAACCACGUGCUCAGGAAACCAUGCAGGAUCUUACCAUACAGUAUGUUUCAGUGAAGGAGUCAACUCAACAUAGUGCUCCAGAAAUACAGGUUGAAGUUUGUUCUCAGGCCACAAAAGUGCACAGCAAAGCAGGUGGAGAUCGAAAUGACAUUUUUGAAUCAGUAUGCGGCUUUGGGGUUAAUGGUGAGAAUCCAGCAAUGGAGAACUCUCCCACACAACCUAUUGCAAGAUCAUCGAGCAACGAUGGUGAAAGGAACAAGUUUGGGAGUGAUAGUAAUAUAGCAGUAGGCUAUGCAGAUGGUCCUGAGCCAGCUCAAGAUGCUUCCUAUUUGGACAAUACUCCCUCUAUAAGUAUCUCUCUGGAAGCAAUUCAUGACACAAGUCCCAGUAGAGAUGCUCAAAAUGCAAAUGGAAAGCUUCGAUUGGGCACAUUGAGCAGUGGAGGCUUACUUCGUAAAUUGAGUCAGAUGAAGGAAAAACAAACUGGUAUUUCUCAGUCAAAGUAUUUCAAGAAAUCAGAUGAAACUGAAUCUCCAUCACAACAGACACCAUCAUCUCAGGAAAAACCGACCAUGUUGGGUGGCAAAAGAAUUGGCUAUGGGAAACAAGGUUCUAUGGAUGAAGGAAGAGAUGGCGUUCAUGCUAGACAUGCACAAAGUGGGAGCAACUUGCUAGGACUUUCAAGGCCACAUUCUGGAGAAAUAAACAUAGGUGAAGCUGUUCAUCCAGGAAGCAGGAGCAAUGCUAAAGGUCUCAAGAGUGUUGGUGAGCAUUACAAUGCCAGUGGUGCGCUAAAUGGAACCAAGUUGUUUGUUUCUUCAAGAACAUGUAUUCCAGGAGCAAUGAAAGUUGAAACUGUUCAGGAAAGUAGAAAGAAAAAAGAAAGUCUUACCGACCUUAGCUCUUGUCUGAAUCCAUCGAGCUCAUUGGAGCAGACAAACAAAUCAACCACACAGAGCUGCGUAAAUUCCAGACUGCCAUCUUCAAGCAUUGUACCUGCUAAGAACCCAAAUGACGUGGGUGAUGAAAGGAGAAAACUUUGUUCUCCGAAAGCUGGUAGAAGUAUACUUGAUCUCUCUAGCUUGAAAAUAUCUAGAACUAUAGGAGCAAAACCUCAUCCAUCCAAAUCUACAUUGGAGAAAGAAAUAAAACCCUUGAGAAACACAGUGAGAAAUGGAGAACAAGAAGGAAGCACAGUGUCUAAGAUGGCUCUUUCUGUUCGCACAGAGAAGCAAACACUACCAACCCCACAUCUGAAGCGGAAAGCAUUUGAGGGACUAAAUGCUGAUAUGCUUUCCUUAAAUCCAUCAAAACGUCUCUCACCCUCAGCAACUGAAACCAGAAAUGGUGAACGUUCAGAUAUAGUCGUUGACAAAGAGGUUUGUGGAAAUAAGAACCCGACUGAUGGUAGACCCUAUAAUGAUUUGAAUGAUCCUCAAACCUCUACACCCGACACUCCUGAGGAGGUGAACAUGGCAGAACUUGAAAUUCCUUUGGUACUGGAAAAUGAUGUCAAUGUUGAAAAGGCUGAUGCAUAUACAAAGGAGCUUGAAGAUAUUUGUAACAUGCUGAAAAAGAAGCAUGAGGAGGCAAAAGAAAUAUUAGUUCGCGCUAUCGUCAACAACAAUAAGUUGUUGAUGCUCAACCAUCCCAUUUAUGAUGAGAAAAUCAGGAAAGUGCAGAAAUUUGCUGCCGAGCUGAUGUGCAAAUAGCUCCACACAGUUUUUGUUAAAGUAGCAACUUCUUGUCGUAUGAAGAUUGUCAUCCGCAAGUAGUUCCGGAGAUAGGUAUUGACAUAUUCUGGACACCAAAUCUGCUUUUACUCCAAUCACUUUGUUGGCGUUUUAGCUAUAGUAUACAAGUAGUCAAUGUGAAAAUGUGAAAUCUUGAGCAAUAGUUUCUCUGUAACGAUUGAAAUUCUGGUCUCUCUUCCCCUCUAGUGCUUGCCAUAUAAAUCCAAUUGUGUAUUGUUGUUCUUUGGAGCAAUAACACCGAAUUAGCUGCUUGUGCGAUUUUGAACA